CUCUACGGUGGUCGUGUGGACUCGACUCCAAGGUGAAUGGACUUUCGUGCCACUCGUUACUUACUCUACUUUAGUCGUGUGAGAGCGAAAGAAAAACGGAAGGCGCACAAACGCACCUCCCGCGACUUCAACUUGCCGGACGACGGCCAGACAGAAAGCAACGGCAAAACUGAGCGACCAAUAUCAACCGCAUGCUUUCACCUUGAAGCGUGUUGACAACAGACAACCUCGGCCAAGCCAAAGACCCAUCUACCUUCAGCAGCAUCGAACGCAAUACCAUAGGUGGGAACAGGAGCUCAGUGGGUCGUUACACACAGCAAACAAUCAGAAGUUUCUCCCUUAGCUAGCUAGUUAGUUGGUUGGUUGGUUUCUCUUGGCCGAAUAGACACGACAAUCCAUUCUUCUUCUAUUGUGCAACCUGUUAUUAGUGACAUCAGCACUAUAGCAAUUGACCAUUACACACAGCAAUGAGUCGUUGGGGUGAUACUAGCUCUGACGGUGACUCGGGCGGCCAUAAUGAUGAGGCCAACCAGGAAGCCACACCUGAGAACGUCGAGGCGUUGAUGGAACCUAUUAAACAGGAAGAACCUGUAGCAGUUCCAGAAAAGGAGUUCCAAGCAGAAGAAAUUGAAGCUGAUGCUGAUCUAGAAGAGAAUGGCGACGAUGCCAAAGCAGAUGACGAAGGUGGUAAGGAGGAGGCGGAAGAGCCUCAAGAGGAGGAGCCACCGGAAGAGGUGGACGAGGAAGCGGAGCAAGAACGGCAACGGAGGCUAGAAGAAGCAAGAGCAAAAGCCAAAGAAUUGGAAGAACAGAAGAAAAAGGAGAAACGAAAGUCAGUAGAAGAUCAAAUAGAUGAUCUAGAUGCCAUCCUGAAUGAUCUAGGUAUUGAACCGAAAUCGGGAUCUGCUGAUGAUGCCGAUGAGGGAGACGAGGAAGACGACGAUGCUGCUGCUGGCGACAAUGGUGCUGGUGGCGGAGGUGGCGCCAAAAAGCGCAAGAAAAAGAAAAAGAAGGGUGGAGCGCAAAACAAUAAUAGCAAACCCGAUGGGGAGGAGCAAGCAGAUGCAAGUGCUGAACCUACGGACGUACAAGCCGUCCUCAAAGCUAAGACAGCAGUCAAGAAGCGUGGGUCUACGAAUGCUGCUGCCGCCGCUGCUGCAAAAGAGCUGAGCAAAGCCAAACAGGAAGCUGAAAGCAAGAAAAAGAAGAAGAAAAAGGACAAGCAGUACGGUAGAUGAGAGCAUUGCGUGGCGCACCUUUCAGAGAUACAGCGACUUGACGUCCCUGGAUCCAAUGCUACAUACAAAUAUACCGAGGGUGCUCUCGUAUAUACAUUUCCUCUCAUCGCAAUCAACAACAAUACACUGCAGUGAACAAAACGAUAUUUGUGUUGUAGACACUCUGUUGUAGACUCUUAAAGACGUUAGGAAAAUCCUUCAUUGGAAGUACCAGCACC